AAGAUUUGAAUGCCAAGAAAACAAUUCUAAUACAGCCAGCUGUUGAGGCAACAAGAACAAGCACGCCUGUUUUGACAAUCAGAGCUGCUACUCCAGGCAUGAUUACUGAAGUGAAUGCUGUCAAGUCUUCUUUGGUACAUACAGUGCCAUCACCACAAGCAGCGAUAAUAACUCAGAUUCCAGCAUCUGUACAAAACCUGGCACAGACGGUGAAUACUGUAAAGUCUCCUAUGUUACAUACAGUGCAAUCACCACAUGCUGCGACUACACCAACGCCAACGCCAAUUCCAGUUUCUGUACAAAACCUGGCACAGACGGUGAAUCCUGUGAAGUCUCCUAUGUUACAUACAGUGCAAUCACCACAAGCAGCGAUGGCAACUACUCAGAUCCCAGUCUCUGUACAAAACCUGGCACAGACAGUGAAUCCUGUGAAGUCUCCUAUGUUACAUACAGUGCAAUCACCACAAGCAGCGAUGGCAACUACUCAGAUCCCAGUCUCUGUACAAAACCUGGCACAGACAGUGAAUCCUGUGAAGUCUCCUAUGUUACAUACAGUGCAAUCACCACAAGCAGCGAUGGCAACUACUCAGAUCCCAGUCUCUGUACAAAACCUGGCACAGACAGUGAAUCCUGUGAAGUCUCCUAUGUUACAUACAGUGCAAUCACCACAAGCAGCGAUGGCAACUACUCAGAUCCCAGUCUCUGUACAAAACCUGGCACAGACAGUGAAUCCUGUGAAGUCUCCUAUGUUACAUACAGUGCAAUCAUCACAAGCAGCGAUGGCAACUACUCAUAUCCCAGUCUCUGUUAAGAAUCUGACACAGACAUCACUGCAGGCUAUUUCUCAAGUCGUAACUGGAAGUACCACUUGUAUUCCAACUUUAGCAUCAAUAUCUAAUAGUAUACAGGGAAAGCCACAAUCACCAAUGUUUUCACAGGCUUCAAUACAGAGUAUACUACGAGCAACUUCACAAAAUAUAGCUCCUGUGCAAAGUAUUGCUACUAUGGGGAAUUCAAUGACUACAGGAACUAUUACAGUCCCUGCCACUGUAAUGACAGCUACGAUUACCCUACCAAGACAGUUACACAUUCAACCUCAUACUGCUAUGACAUUACAGCCACAUCAAAUUGGGCAACCGAUUGUUACAAUAGCUGGACAUCAACAUCGCCAUGCUAUCUUUACAACAAAUCAAAGAGCCACUCUGAUUACGCAACCGCAAGCCAUUGUACAAGCUGGUUCAACGGGAGCACCAACACAAAUUCUUGCUCAAGUUGGAGUACCUCGGCAGCAAAGACAAAUACCACCAAAUAUCACUGUAGCUCACCCAGCAUUGCAGUCUGGACAUAUUUUACAAAAAGCUGUUGUUCAGGCAGCAGCAAACACUCCGAACCAGGUGGUUCAAGCUAGUUUAGCUCAGUCACAACUAAUGAAAACUGCUGUUGGGGGAGCACAACAGAUAACACUUCAAAAAGCAAUACCUCCACGCCUCCUGCAAGCAAGCACAGUGCAACAAAUGAUUCAGACAAGUGCUUCACAAAAAACAAUUAUGCCAUCAACUGUUCUGCCGCAAACUAUAGUGAAAUCCCCACAGCAGCUUGGGCCACCUACUUUACUACCAGCAACAAGUACCUCGAUGGCUUCACCUGUUAUACAAACAACGAUUGUGCACCAACCUAGUGGAGUACAGACUCAAAUAAUUCAGCAACCGGGAGCUGCAGCUGCAGCAGCAGUAGCUGCACAUGCAGCACAGCAAGGAAUGCAGGCUUCUAGACAAUUACAGCAGCAAAUAGUCAGUACAGUUACUCCUACAUCACAUUUGUUAACAAAACCAGUGUUUACACAGGCAGGUGCUCAUCCUCUUGUUCAUCAGGCUGUUCUUAGAGCAGGAACUCCAUUAAAUUCAACCCACAUGGUAACUCUCGGACAACAGGUACACUUGCAACCAAUCGCGCAAACAACUUUUGUCAAACAACCGUCCCUUCCCAAAUUAACCCAAAUUCAACCUGCAACAAUACAGCUACAGGCAACCCAACAUCCUCAACUAGCACAAAUACAGUUACCAAAUCAACAAGUCCAGGUACAACAAACUUCUCCACAACCCCAGUUACAUUUACAGCAAUCUACACAGUUGCCAUUUCAACAAUUUCAGCAAGUACCAUUACAACAAACACAGAUGGUAGCACAGCAACAACCACAGCAGCCAGUGAAGUCUCAUGAUACGGCCAUAAAACCAGAGUCUGUUCCUGAAACUGUAGAUGAACCUGAAGAAGAAUUUCUUCUUCUAGAAGAAGAGGAAGAAAGGGAGCCUAUCUCGGCAAUCGAUUUGGCAAUCAUGAAAAAUUUACUGUACCCUCAAGCACCAAUGGAGAAGAAGAAGAAAAUAGAAUCUGAAAACAAGCCACAAAAUGAAGAAACUGAACAUGCUGAUGCACUCACUGAGGAGUCACCAGAAUUUACUUGGGAAGAAUAUCUAGAAGUAACUGGUGCCAUGUCUUCACCACAUUCUGCUUUUAAACAUGUUGAACAUAGUUUGGAAAGUCCCUUUGUGGCUGGGAUGAAACUAGAAGUGGUGAAUAGAAAUAUUCAAGCUGGCCAAACAAAAACAUUUUGGGUUGCGACUGUGAUUGCUACAUGUGGGCAGCUAUUACUUCUGAGAUACGAUGGUUAUGAAGAAGCAAGACAUUCUGAUUUUUGGUGUGAUAUUACAUCAGGUGAUCUACAUCCUAUCGGCUGGUGUGCUCAGAACAGUCAACAACUUUCACCUCCUGAAGAAAUAAAAUAUAGAUGUGAUAAUUGGAGUGAUUUUCUCAUUCAAGACUUGACUGGUGCAAUUACAGCUCCUGUAUUCUUAUUAGAAGGGGAUGCUGGUAAAGUUCUUGCUGAGCAAAUCAAAGCUGGUAUGAGAGUUGAAGUGACAGAUGUGUUAAAUCCACUUGAAGUCUGGAUAGCUACAGUAAAAGAAAACCACAGUGGUAGAUUACUACUUAGAUGGGAAGGAUCCCAAGCAAAUACAGAUGCACAUGAUUUUUGGUUAUUCUACCAGUCACACCGAAUACAUCCCAUGGGGUGGGCUGCUAAGAAUCAAGAUAAGGGUAUAGUUCUCAAACCCCCAGCAGUUCUAGUUGCAGGAUUACCAUAUUCUACCCCAGAAUGGUCAUAUAUUCAUCAGAAAGCUGGACUUGCUGCAAGCACAAAACCACUACCAAAAGGAUUCUUCAAGCAUCAGGAAACCGUUAGAGAACACUAUUUCCGUGUUGGUAUGAAAUUGGAAGCCAUUAACCCUAAAGCACCAUCACAGAUCUGUCCAGCAACCAUCACAAAAAUUUUCAAUAGUAAUUAUUUCUUGGUGGAAAUUGAUGACUUAAGUGCUGAUAAGACUCCAAUACAGUUUGUUGGUUAUGGUGAAUGUGGUGGAUUGUUCUAUGUAGAAUGGUGUAAGCAGCAUAAUGUACAGAUUAAAAUUCCUAAUGGAUAUGAUUGUACAAGCUUUGACUGGAAUGCAUACCUCAAACAUUGUAAUUCACAGGCUGCUUCAAAGAAUUUAUUCAGAACUGUAUCACCUGAUCAUGAAUUUCAACGUGGUAUGAAACUAGAGGCUGUAAAUCCAUUCAACCUUAAUCAAAUCUGUGUUGCCACAGUAACAAAGAUAAUUGAUAGACAUAUGUGGUUGAAUUUUGAUGGCUGGAAACUACCCAAUCAUAUCGUUGAUGUGGAGUCACAUGACAUAUUUCCAGUUGGUUGGUGUGAAUCUGCAGGUUUACUACUGAAACAACCCAAAAAGCUGAUGAUCAAGAAGACUAAAAAAGUUGCUGUUGUAUGGCCAGAAAAACAAGUAUCAGGUAAAUCGACACCUCUCAGCCCUGGUAGAGACUUGUAUCAGAAGAUGAAAGAAGGGCCACCAAGAACUGAUGAAUCUGGAGAAGAAGGUAAAGCCUCGCAUUGGAGUCCCAAGAUUUACUUCAAUCAUAAAUGUUUUUCUGGGCCAUACCUUAAUAAAGGCCGUAUUGCUGAAUUACCACGGGCUGUGGGUCCUGGUAUUGUUACCUUAGUGCUAAAGGAAGUAAUAUCACUGCUUAUCAAUGCAGCAUAUAAACCACCCAGGGUUCUUAGAGAGUUACAAGUACAACAUGAAGAAACUGCUGGAAUGAAUGGACAUUUACAAGUCAUGAAAGCAAAAUAUAAAAGUAAAAGUUACAGAGCAAUGGUUGAAAUCUGUAAAAAUGCUGACGAGGUUGAGAGUUUCUGUAGAGAUAUGUGUAUAAAGUUAGAAUGUUGUCCAAAUUUGGUUGCAUUGGACCAGAUAGAAGACAACUGCCCAGAAAACUGUUCAACACUCACAAAGACAAAAUACACACACUAUUAUGGGAAGAAAAAGAGAAGCAGGGUUGGUAGACCUCCGGGCGGACACAGCAACCUUGAAUAUGGACCAAAGAAACCAGGCAAGAGAAGGAAAAAGAGAAAGCCGUUUGUACACAGAAAGAAAAGAACAUCAUCCAAUGAGGAAGCUGGAGGAGGUUUGGAAAAUGGUGAAGAAGAGGAAGUUAGUGAAAAUGAGGAAGAAGAUGAAGAGGCAUUAGCCAUAAAGAGGAGAAAGAAGGAAGAACGCAGGAAAGAAAAAGAAAAGAGGAUGGGAUUGAAAAGACCACUAAUCAUGACAAGAGCCAAAGCUCUGUUGGAAUCAGCAAAGAGGGCCAAGCUUCCACACAAGAUGGUUUUACCUGAUAGAGAACGUGGAAAGAAGAUGAAAACUCGGUUUGGACACAUUCAUAAAAGUCAUCAUCAUCAUCAUCACCAUCACCAUGCAGGCAGUAGCAAUGUCACUCAUAAAAUCAAAAGUGAAACUAGAGAUAGAAAUAACGAAGAUUUCUUGCAGUUAGACAGCAAUCCACUUCAUUGGAGUGUACAAGUUGUGGUGGAUUUCAUCAAAAGUACAGACUGUGCCCCGUUGGCUAAAAUAUUUAAAGAGCAGGAGAUCGAUGGCCAAGCUUUACUUUUACUUACAUUACCCACAGUUCAGGAGUGUAUGGAGUUAAAACUGGGACCAGCUAUAAAAUUAUGUCACCACAUUGAAAGGGUCAAGAUUGCAUUUUAUGAACAGUAUGCAAAAUAAAUGGAAAUUUCGACUGUCAAGCCAUGUGUUUGACGUAGACUACAAUUAUAUUUUAAAACAUCUAUAUCAAAGUGUUUUGGAUUAAUACUGCGGUUAUGGGUUUUGUAACGUAGAAGUUAGUUAGAAAGCACAUGUAACAUGUUGAGUACAUUGUUUAUGCAGCAUGGCAUUAAAAAUAUACUAAUGUAACAUUACAUUAAUUGCAAAAUUGCAAACAGACUGGGCUUAGCCAAUAUGUUGUAACAAGGAAAUAUCAAAUUGUAAAAAAAUAUUACACCACCAUGAAAUGGUUUGGUAAAAUGCACUAAUUUAAUGCAAUUUGCAGUUAUUAGUUGCCAUGACAGCAAGCUGUUAUGCAUGUUGAUGGAGUGACUCUAUAAAAUAGAAAUGAUGCAUAGUUUACUAAUGACAAGAUCGGUUAAAAUAAAAGUAACCAGUUUCCUCAUGGACUAUAAAAUAAAUGUAAUUUUGUAAUAUAAAUUAAUGUACAGGUAGUUAGGAAAACCUAUUAAUCCAGUAUCUGCUUGAAUUGUGUGGUGUAUUUGUAUUUUAUUACUAGUAUCCAAAAUACACUGGACACUUUGUUAGUUAACGGCUUAUUUUUCAGAAACAACCAAACAAUAUAUGAGAAGGGGAGAAUUAUAGUCACAUCAUGAUUUAAACAAUUAUUUGCAAAACUAUGAUUACUUAAUCUGUUUUGAAUGAACUAUUGUUUUUGUAAUCAGGAGUGCAUUGGUAACUGAACAAUCUACUUAGAGUUCUUUUAACGUCACAUCACAAGGUCUUGCUUCAACAAUGCUUAAUGAAGAAGAAAUACGUCUAUUUAUAAUUGGAAUUGUUUUAUUUUUAUGAAAACUGUAUAUUAGUCCAUUGUGAUAUUUUCACUGGUGUGUCGUGCAUUUUUUUACACGCAGUACAGAAAAGAAACUACUUUAGUUCCAAGUAAAAAAAAAAAAUUGUCUACAAAAAAUAAUGUGACUAAGUACUAUUAACUCUAGAAUUGAUAGUGUAUUUAAAAAUGUUUAUUUCAAGAAGUGGAUUUAACUUGAAUUUAAAACUUUAAUAAUAAAACAGCCACUGCCAUAUUUCAUAAAUUUGUAUAUUAGAUGUAAUGAAAACCACAUAUUGGUUGAUCGGAUACCGGUAUUAUGAUUUUAUUAAAGUGGAAGUCUAGGCAAACAACAUGAA